UAGAUGGGCGAGACGCUACUCUACUACGCAGAGACGUGUGGUAACGACAACGUCGUGCAGCUUUUGCGCGACGCGCCUCGGUUGCGAGACACAACCAUGCUCUUAACAGCCCUCGACGAAAAGCGCUUUGCCGAUGCACUUCAAAUCCUAGAGCAAAAUACUAUCAAUCCCAAUCUCUCCGACAGCAAUGGAUCAUCCUUGGUGCAGCUGGUGCUCGCGACGCAAGACAUACCGUUGCUCCAAGAGCUCGUGAACAAACCCAAACUCAAUCUCAAUGAGACGACUCGAGCUCUUGCUCAAACCUCUGACGCGGUCAAGACCCUCUUCCUUCACGCAGCCUCCACCAACGACGCGAGUGUUGUCGAGAAGCUUUUGUCGCUCGGUAUCCGGCCAACAUAUACCAACGAGCAUGGAGAGACGGCGUUGCACGUGGCAGCUGCCAGGGGCCACGGAGCUGUCGUCACAUGUCUGCUCGACUUCGCAAACGAUGAGGCGUAUGUCAACACGAUCAACCAUGCUGGCGAGUCGGCGCUUUUCGUCGCCGCAGCACAUGGCCGAGCUUUCGUUGUCAAGUCGCUUCUUGGUGCGCACGCGAGUCCCCACUGCGUCGCCAAGAAUGGACGGACGCUGCUACACGCGGCCGUCAUCAGCGGCGACGCGAGUAUUCUCGACCACCUUCUAACGCUAUGCAGCAAGGCCGUGGACGCAUGUGACGCUCUGGGGCAAACGGCGCUGCAUCUUGCGGCUGCCAACGGCCACGCGAGCGCUGUCCAGCUCCUUGUCGAUGCCAAAGCCAGCGUCUUUGCCACGACAUCGGCGGGCGAGACCCCGCGUAUGCUCGCGAAGGAGCUUGGUGUCAUCGCGUUUCUCGAGAUGGUUGAACACCGGGUUAAAGACGAGCUGCUCGAGACCAUAAAAAAGCACACAUACGAUCCAAUGUUGACGCUCUUGGCCCAUGGCAUAGACCCCAACACCACCAACGAGGCCGGUGACUCACUACUACAUCUCGCAGUGCGGGGCAACAACCCCAAGGCCUUGGAUGCGCUUUUGAAGGUGCCAGGCAUCCGAAUGGACGUUCGCAACCUGGCGGGCGUGACCCCGUUGCUCCUCGCCGUCCGAGAUGGUUGUCGACACUUGGCGAAGAUGUUGCAUAAGGCGAAGCACAGUGUGCUUCCCGACGUGCCCGCCUCGGCGAUCGAGAUAGACACGUCGCGUGUACUGGGUGCUGGCAGCUUCGGCGUCGUCUACAGGGGCACGUACAACGGCCGUUCCGUCGCGGUCAAGACGCCUGCCAAGGCAUCUUGCAUCCCAGAUCUGAUUGACGAGAUGGAGACCAUGCAACGGUGCAACUCGCCGUUCGUGCUGCAGCUGCUCGCAGUCUCGGGCGCCAGCACAUCCAGCCCCAAGCUCGUACUCGAGUACAUGGAUGCUGGUGACCUUCGUAGCUACCUCGACGCCAAGCGGCUCGGUCAACCCACCAAGGUCAACGUGUCGACACUCGAAGUCGCAUGGGUCGUUGCAAAUGCCCUCGCCGAUUUGCACGAAGCUGGUCUUCUUCACCGCGACCUCAAGAGCGAGAACGUCCUCCUCUGCUCCGAGAACUACAUCAAGCUCGCCGACCUCGGGAUUGCUCGCGAGUGCAAGUCCAAGAUGACGACGGGCAAGGGCACGCCGUACUGGACAGCCCCCGAAGUCUAUACGUCCGGCAGCAACUACAGCUUUGCAGCUGAUAUCUACGCAUUUGGCGUCAUUUUGUCCGAGCUCGACACACUGCUGCUGCCUUAUGCAGAUGUCCCGGGUAUCAAUUUCUGGGGUAUCAUGGACCGAGUCCGCAACGGCACGCUUCGGCCGAGUCUGACGCCGACCUGCGCGCCCUGGCUCAAAGAGCUCGCGACAGCGUGCUUUGCGUCCGACCCGGCGCAGCGUCCGACAGCCCACGACGUUGUCAACGUCCUUGAACGCCAGCUCAACCACGCCAAUUCUGAGAUGCCGCCAACUUUACUCCGUCGCAAACCGAGUGCAUCGACGCCUCUGAUAGCUCAGGUGGCACCGGUAUCCCGGCAGCACGACGUAUCGUCGGGCUCCUCGGCGCCGCUUUCUGCGAGCCACCUGCUGUCGCGCAUACCUGAAGUCGAGCUUACCCCCCACGAAUCACCGCCAGAGAGUGGCAACGCCAAGACGGAUGCGGGCGGAAGCAUCGAGAAGGUCGUGGCCAACGAUCUCAUUUGUCAACGGUGUACCGCGACCAACAGCUUCCUGGACGACGCCUGCGAGACAUGUCACGAGUCGUUGCCACCAUCGUCGCAAAGGCUUGCACUGUUUGUGGAGCGGCUGGAAGUGGCGGCCGCGCAAGGCCUUCGCGUUGAAUCGACCAUCCCGUGUCAUACGUGCAGCACGGCUUACCCAAUGACGACAGCCGAGUGCGACGACUGCGGCGACGCGUUCCCCGCGGAUACCGUCAAGAUUCGCAUGCUGCUCAAGCGCCUCGAGCUCGCACGUAGCAGCAACCCGAUAGUAUAAAUCGGGUGAAACUGACCCGAGUGCCAUGGACAGUUUUUGGAUCCACAAGACCCACUUUUGAUUGGUGGAUGUGGUUGAAGGAAAGGGUUAUCGAUGCAAAGCCCCGUAUUGCGCAUCGAGCAAGCGGCCAACGCGUAAGUCUCGUGAUCCAUCGAUCGAUUGAGCGACUAAAUGCAUUUUUUAAUAUUUGUAUACA